AUGGUCGCCGACGAGCCGGUAGUCCGAGUGAACUACUCCUCUCGCCGCCAGUCUGACCAGCUUGUUGCUGAUAUCAAAGCCACUGGAACCUUACGGGCGAUAACAUUUGCCCAGAAAUUAGAUCCUUGUGUCGGCAUGUUCGGGAAGUUCAUGAGCAUCUUCCGCAAGUCGCAAGCCCCCCUCAACGCGAAUGUGAUGGUGCAGCGCAGUAUACCCUCAUCGAACUUGAAGACGCAGGGCCAUCGAGCUACUCCACUUAUUCUCGGUACAGAUGCCAACGUGAUCUGCCAAAUCGAUCCCGAGACUAUGGAACCCACCGGCUUCCUAAACCAAACAACCGUACACCCGGACCUUAAAGGAGCUCUCAGCGGCGCCCACGGACAGUUUGACCCGGAGUCAGGCGACUAUUUCAACUAUAACCUGGACCUCGGUAAAGACGCCGUCUACCGCAUCUUCCGAGUUACUGCCGCCACCGGAAAGACCGACAUUCUUGCCGCCUUCAAAGCCAAGGGAGCCUGGAUCCACAGCUUCUUCAUGACCCAAAACUACAUCGUCCUCUGCAUCCCCGUGGCACACUAUGCCCUGAGCGGCGUGAAGAUUCUCCUAGAAGGUAACCUAAAAGACGGCUUUAAGCCCUUUGACCCCUCCGAGACCUGCCACUGGUACGUAAUCGACCGCCGCCACGGCAAGGGCCUAAUCGCUGAGUUUACCUCCCCCGCCCGCUUCUUCAUGCAUACCGUCAACGCCUUCGAAGACCCCGACACGGGCGACAUCCUCUGCGACGUGGUCGACUACCCCAACCGAAAGGGUCGUGGUGAUCAAAGUCCGGCUGAUAUUGCGAGGGAGCUUUGGAUGAAACCACAUGAUACUGAUAACCUGACUUGGCUGGCGCGUGCCCAAAGAGCCCGUGACGGUACUGAGUCAUUGAGCCUCAAAGCCGAGUGA